AUGGCUUCACAACUUGCUGCGAUACUCUUGUGGCUCGGCGGAAGUGUAUUCGGUCUUCGAGAUAUUCAACUAAGCGUGCCAGAGGCGGUUGGAGUUGGUGCGAGCGCGACACUCGGCUGCCGCUGGGCUUUAGACACUGGGGAAGCACUUUAUACCGUUAAGUGGUAUCACGGCGCGCAGGAGUUCUUUCGUUUCGUGCCUAAAGAAUUGCCUAACACUCGGGUGUUCUCACAGACUGGCAUAAGUGUUGAUAUCUCGCGCUCAGGUGCCCAGCAAGUCGUUUUACGAGGUGCUUCGAGGUUACUGAGCGGCAGAUAUCGAUGCGAAGUGUCGGCAGAUGCACCAUUCUUCCACACGGUGUAUAAAAGUGCUUAUAUGAGGGUUGUCGAAUUGCCGGAGACGGGUCCGGUAGUACGAGCGCAAAAAAGUUGGUACUCUAUCGGUGAUAUGCUACGUGCUAACUGCACUUCCUCGCCCGCUGACCCGCCGUCGAACCUUACGUGGCUGCUUAACGGAUAUGAGGUGAAAGGCCUCGACAUACCACCACUAGAUUCAUCGUUUCCACAAAGACAACCUGUGAUAAGUGAUGCAUCUCUAGAAGACGCGAAUAGAAUUAUUUUCAGUCCAUGGGACGCAAUUUCUGGCUAUGAAGAGCCAGUGACUGACGUUAUAGACAUUCCCGGCGAUAUUGAAGGCAUACUUACCUCGAACACUCACAAGAAGUUUGAGAGCACGACGCGAAUAGCGCCUCGGCUAGAACAAAUUGCAAGCAAAAAUAUUAGCAUCGAAGAAGAUAAAUCUAAUAAAUCCUCUUCGUUCAGUCAACUCGUUAUACGAGUGCAGACGUCGCAUUUUCACAAGGGUCGUUUAAAUGUGACGUGCGUAGCACGAAUACUAUCCGUUUGGUCAGCGAGCGAUUCCCUCUUACUCGAUGAAGAACGGCCCCAAAUCGCGCCCGUUAUGGGCAGCCGGGAUACAAAUUCUGGUCCACGGUGUUCCACAUCGCACAUCUUGGCGCUUUUAAGCUAUUUACUGUUUAAGCACUGGUUUCUCCGA